CAACAUAGGCGCAUGCUUUACACGUCAUCGCAAAAGACCUUCCUUGUCCCUCAUGGUUGCUACUGAGCUGAGAACUGUGGUAAUGACACCAAGCUAGCGCUAACUGCAUUUAAAGUGCGAAACAAAGACGACUCCAGCGGAGCCAUGCCACGUUAUGAACUGGCCCUGAUCCUGAGGGCUAUGCAGCGGCCAGAGACGGCAGCUGUUCUUCGGCGGACGGUGGAGGCUUUGAUGGAACGGGGCGCUGUGGUGAGAGACUUGGAGAACCUAGGAGAUAGACUGCUGCCCUACAAGAUAACCAAACACAAUCAUAAGCACAGCAGAGGGACAUACUUUCUAGUUGACUUCUACGCGGCUCCCAGUAUUCUCGAUGGCUUGUUGGGCCACCUGCACCGAGACGUGGACGUGGUGAGGCCCACUGUGCUGAAGAAAGACGACCAGGUCCCCCAAAGUAACUGCUGUGGUCCUCAGCAGUGAAUGAAUGUUUUCACCGUUCAUGUCCAGCCAGUGCAGCUUGAUGCUUCCCUUCAUUAACACUUUCCUUGGCUGUUUGCUUAAGUUUGGGUGUAAUAUGUUAUAAUAAUAAAAUACUUUUUUUUAAA